AUGGUGAGAUAUCGUGUGAUCAAUGGCUGCACGUCCUUUGAAGCCCUGACAGACAGGAAAUACAAUGGAAAGGUGGCACUAUGGGGUGAGACUGUCUUAUUCAAGGAUGUCACUGCCUUCCGCAACAAAGGAGAUCCUGUCUACAAGAAAGGGCUAUGGAUGGGCAAAAGUGCAUGGAGUGACAGCCACAUCUGUCUUCCUCACCAAUUUGAUGGACAGAUGUUGGUGAACAGCAAAGGCCUGCCUUGGCAAUACUCCAUACAGGGCAUCUUGAUGAAAUCCCGUUUUGCAGCCCGGCAACGUCAAGCUGAGGCAGUUGAGGAUGCUGAGGGAAACGAGAUGAUCGAGCAAGAGGCCAAGACUGUUGGUGAAGACGUUGCAUUGGGCAUGUAUGGCCAUGGUCCAGUGCUUGGUCAAGGAACACCAGGUUUUCCACUGGAAGGGUAUCCCAGAACACCAGGGAUCAACCCUAAACCAGCCACACCGGCGCCAAGAACACCAGCAAGGCCUGCAGUAGCACCAGCAACACCAGGGACUACAACGCAGACCUGGCGGGAGAAGGCAAAGGCAAGACCGUUUCCUACGACAACAGAGGAUGAAAGUCCAUCAAGGAAGAUCAGCAGACCAAUUCCUGAGUCUAUGAGAGGUGAACCUGCACGGAACUUCAUGCAGGACACUGAGGAUGUGAGCCCAAAACGUCAGAAGACAGCUGAAGCAGCCAAGCCAGCAACCUCCGUGGAGACAGCGCGGCAUGCACCAGGAAGCAGCUCAGUGAUGACUUUGCCGCAAGGGUCAUUGAAGAGAGAACUGUUUUCAUUGCCUUGGGAUGCUGAAGAUGACGAGAAGCUGCGAAUGAGUCCUAAGAAGAAGGUGCGAGCCAUUCAAGAAGAAUUCCCAGGAGGUGAUGACAUGCUGGCAGAAGAAAUUUUGCAGUCAGCCCUAAACGAUGUGAGUGAAGAUGAAGAAGGAGAAGGUCAUGCAAAAGAACGACCUCCAGAUGUGUCAGAGGAGGAACUAGCAGCCUUGGAUGAUGAGGCAUGCCGUCACGAAGAACGCCGCCUGGAGCAGAUGGGAGUUCUGGAGAAGGUGAAAGACGGCGAACCAGACGAAGAAGGAGAAGACGAAUGCCAAGGAGUUGAGAGUCACAGGAGUGCCCACGGCCAUCAACGCACCAAGAUCUUGAGCAAAGCGCGCAUGAAGGGUUUGAAAUUCCUCAUCAAGAUGGUAGAUGGGGACAAUGAGAAAAUCGGCCAGCAAGAGUUUGAGGAGAUCCAUGCCAAAGAAGAGUUAAGAAGAACACGGGCAAACUAG